AUGGAGUGCCUUUGGACGGAUCGUCCGGACACUCCCGUGGUUGAAGAAACCGCCGUUCGAGACCAGACUGAAAUCUCGGCAAGCGGGAGCUGGAAGUGGGUUGAGAUCACGGGGCGACCUGCGCCAUGCGUUGACCUUGCGGGCCCUAGAGGAGGGCCGGCGGCGAGCUCCAUCCUGCUGGACUACCAGUGCACGCCCACGCCCUGGAGGUGGUUGCGGGCUCUCCGGCUGGGUCAGACGACGGUCGGACUGACUACUCUGACGGGUCUGGCUCUGCAAUAUGUCGUCCCCCCGUUCGCCGCUCGCCUCUUCACCACUGAGGCCGGCUUGUCGCCAGCGGACAUUUCGGUGUCGUUCGAGUCGGCAUACAACAGGACCAGCGUUGGACUUGACGAUAUCGACUGGCGGCCGGCGCUCACCAAUGCUCGCGUCGCUAUUAUUCAAGGCGAGAACCCGGUUCCCUCCUACAUGGCUGCUAAUACGACGGCAUGCUCGGCCCAUGUCAGCUGCGAAGUCAUUUCUGACUAUACCAUGUCACUCGACCGCCAAGAGCCGGAAUCAGGAGCCACCCAGGGAGUUGUACGGGUGACAGCGACGGACAGGGUUGCGAGUUCUCUGACGAGUUUCCUGGUGGCGGGGAUGGGGUCGGAUAUCUUCUUCGACGCAGGCCAGAAGCUGGGUUGCUCUCGGGCAGCCCAUCACAGCCGUCUCGUUUUCACAGCGGGGCAGUACGCUCCGACCAGCCCAUAUCUGCUCUCCAACAUCAGCGUCAUCUCUUGUGCCACCGAUGAUCAAGCUGUGAACGGGACGCUCGAGGUAGCCGUAAAGUCGUCUUCCACCGUGCCCGCCAUUCGCAGCCUCAAACGACCGCCGGGCAAUGAUACCUCGAACUCCGUUCGGCGUCACACACUCUGGCAGCUGAUCGAGCGGGGCAUGCCCAAUCCCGUCAUUGCGGGCAAUGAGAGCCUCCUUGCGCCGCCGGCCCUGCUGCAGGCCAUCUCGCCCGUCUUUACCACCACAUGUGCCAUCGGCACGGCCACGGGCACGUUCGACCGGCUCGAGGCCGAGAAGACGGCGGCAGGGACCUUGUGGAUGCCGGCGACGCGGCUAUUGGUCGUCGAGUGGGCGGCGUACCUCAUCGCUUCCCUCUUGCUGAUCGUGCUGAUCCUUAGCGGGUGGGUGUCAUGGCAUGCCUACCACACUCGGUCGAUCCUAACCGAGGAGCCCGAGGGAUUGCUUGCAAUGGCGGGGUUGCUGGACGGGAGCGAGCUGAUGGCGCUGGUCCCAUAUACUCGGCAGCAGCCUAGCUACGACGGCAGGGUAAGGAAGACGGGGGAACAAAUUACUGAGGUCAAGGAAAAUGCUUGGGUUGCUGAGCCACAUGACGACGGGGCUUUGAGUGGUGGCUGGAGGGUCAUGAGGAAGAUCGAGUAG